AUGAAAGCUUCAUUUAUUUUAGAAAAACCAUGUGCAACAUAUUUUCCUGGAGAUUAUGUAACAGGAUCAUUUUCAUUUGAAAACUUAGAAACUAAUCAAAAGAUUAUAAAAGUUAAAAUAUCUCUUAAAGGAAAGUCUUCUGUUGAAUUUAUGAAAGAUACAGAUGACUAUAAAUCUAUAUGUAUAUUUACUUCCGAAAAAAAUUUACAUCUUGAAGAUCAAAAAAGUUACAGAGGGGUUAUAAUAAAAUCUGAAGAUGAAUAUUAUUCUCAUUUUUCUUUUAAAAUUCCAUCAAAUUGGCCUCAUUCAUUUAGAGGAAUAUAUGGAAGAAUUCGUUAUACAUUAAAAGGAGAUGUCAUAAUUAAUAGAAAUGAUACAAAAAGUAAAGAGUUUGAAAUUAAUAUUCAACCUAAAUUACCAUUAUCUAUAAUACAUCAAAAAAAUGAAAUAAAUUAUAUCAAUGAAAUAGUACCAAUAGAAUUUUGUGAUUGUUGUAAAAACUCUUCCGUUGAUGAAAAAAUUCAAUUUUUAAUUAAAACAGAAAGAAAAGUUUAUAAACCAAAUGAGAAUGUUAAUUUUUAUAUAAAAAUAACAAAUAAAUCAUCCAAAACAAUAACAAAAUUUCGUUACUAUUUUCUUCGUGAAGAAAAAUAUGAAGGAAAUAUGGCAAUGUCAGAUGUUAUUUCACUUUUUAAUACCUAUAAUAAUAAUAAUAAUUCUACAAUUUUAACACAUAUUCAUGAAAUGAGAAAAAAAAUAUUCAUUGUUAAUGUAAAUAUUGGAUCUGGUGAAAAAAAAAUUUUAACUACUUUAUUAAAUGUUGGAAAAACAACAACAGGUGUUGAUUUUGGUGGUAAUAUAAAUGUUAAACAUUUUAUUGUUGUUGAGGCUAUUAUGCAAGAUAUUACUAAUAAAGCUGUUGCAUCAGCAAGACUUCGUUUAUACAUUGAUAGUGUUGAUUUUGAAAAAGAAACAAAUUUCUCUAAAACAUAA